AGUUGUCUGCUGUGAUUAUUGUGUUGGUUGCUCCAGCCUUGUUACGGCUUCAGUAUGGUGCUGCCACCCUCCGCACGGGUCCCACUACUGUCUCCGAUGCCGUACUCUUCAAACUUGGAUGGUGUGGCUCCUACCCCAGUGCCCAAGGGUGCCCCUGACGCGCUGUCCCUUUUCUUCCCGCAGGAUCGGGGCGCCCGCCCCCCACUAGGCGGAGUGGAGGGGGCUCCCCCCGCCCAAUGGGCCUGGCCAGGGCCCUGCGCCGCCUGAGCGGCGCCCUGGAGCCGGGGGACAGCCGGGCGGGCGACGAGGAGGAGGCGGGGCCCGCGCUGUGCCGCAACGGGUGGGCGCCGGCGCAGGGCCCGGGCGCGCGGCGGCGCGGGCGCUUCGUGAAGAAGGACGGGCACUGCAACGUGCGCUUCGUCAACCUGGGCGGCCAGGGCGCGCGCUACCUCAGCGACCUGUUCACCACGUGCGUGGACGUGCGCUGGCGCUGGAUGUGCCUGCUCUUCUCCUGCUCCUUCCUCGCCUCCUGGCUGCUCUUCGGCCUGGCCUUCUGGCUCAUCGCCUCGCUGCACGGCGACCUGGCCGCGCCGCCGCCGCCCGCGCCCUGCUUCUCGCACGUGGCCAGCUUCCUGGCCGCCUUCCUCUUCGCGCUCGAGACGCAGACGUCCAUCGGCUACGGCGUGCGCAGCGUCACCGAGGAGUGUCCUGCCGCCGUGGCCGCCGUCGUGCUGCAGUGCAUCGCGGGCUGCGUGCUCGACGCCUUCGUGGUGGGCGCCGUCAUGGCCAAGAUGGCCAAGCCCAAGAAGCGCAACGAGACGCUGGUCUUCAGCGAGAACGCCGUGGUGGCGCUGCGCGACCGCCGCCUCUGCCUCAUGUGGCGCGUGGGCAACCUGCGGCGCAGCCACCUGGUGGAGGCCCACGUGCGCGCCCAGCUGCUGCAGCCCCGUGUGACCCCGGAGGGUGAGUACAUCCCCCUGGACCACCAGGACGUGGACGUGGGCUUUGACGGAGGCACCGACCGCAUCUUCCUCGUGUCCCCCAUCACCAUCGUGCACGAGAUCGACUCCGCCAGCCCUCUGUACGAGCUGGGACGUGCUGAGCUGGCCCGGGCUGACUUCGAACUGGUGGUCAUCCUCGAAGGCAUGGUUGAGGCCACGGCCAUGACCACACAGUGUCGCUCGUCUUACCUCCCUGGGGAGCUGCUUUGGGGCCACCGUUUUGAGCCGGUCCUCUUCCAGCGUGGCUCCCAGUAUGAGGUGGACUAUCGCCACUUCCAUCGCACUUACGAGGUCCCAGGGACACCCGUCUGCAGCGCCAAGGAGCUGGACGAACGGGCCGAGCGGGAGGCCCACAGCCCCAAGUCCAGCUUCCCCGGCUCCCUGACUGCGUUUUGUUAUGAGAAUGAGCUUGCUCUGAGCUGCUGCCAGGAGGAAGAUGAGGAAGAGGAGACCAAAGAGGAGACUGGGGCAGAGGCAGAAGAUGGAGCUGCCAGCCCCCGAGUCCUCACACCAACCCUGGCUGUGUCCCUCCUCCCGUGACGCAAACUGAUGUCCCUGUCCCCACUUGUGCCCCCUCCCCAGAGGUAGCAGGAUGGAGAGAUCAGCCCUCUGCUGGGAUGGGGGCAGGUGUUUCCCAAGACCAACAGGUCCACUGGGUAAAGCUGCCAGGCCUGGUGGACCCACCAUGGACAUACUGGACCUUAAUUUCUCUGCUUCUGUGCUUCCUCCUGACAUCACUUUAUGAGCCCAAUUCCUGAGUGUUAGCGGAGCUCAGGGAUCCAGAAUUCUGUACCACCAGAGAGGCAAGAGCUGGUGGUGCUAGAUUCCUCCACACGGCUGGGCCUGGUUGUUGAGCAGGGUCAGAAAUCAGGGAUACAGAUAGCAGUGGCGGAGGAAGUCAGCAGCUGCUGGACAGCCAUAGAGAUGGAGUCUGCAGGUCUAAGUUGACGUCAUGUUCAGGGGGCUUCUUGGGUGACCAACUGAGGGGCAAAUAAUUUGUUCAAGGCCAGGAAGACCACCCCGAUGGGCCAAAAGCAAACAGUUGUGACUACAUGUCAAGAAAAGACCUUGUGGUUUAGAAAGCCCAAGAGUUGCGAUUCUGUGAGUUGAGGUGGACCACAUAGGCAAACACUGGUGAUUCUAGAACAGGUUGACCCAGGGAGCUGAACAACUCCAGAAACCACAGCUACACUUCUAGAAUGCACAAAGCAGCAAGGCCUGGGUUUAGGACAAAAGUGACAGAUCGGGAGUUGUUGAAAUGAAAGCACUUCUGACGUUGAAUGAGAACAUCUGGCUGAGGGCAUAAGUGCAGCUUCUCAACCGUCCACAGCGUGGUUUCUGUUUGAAGUGCCAUUCUAGAACGUGCAAAGGAAUGAAGAUUCUGGGCUCUAGACUGGUCAGUGUCAAGGAAGGCGUGGUAAUUCUAGAUGACUGCGAUCUGCUGGCUCCAGUUUGCCCAAGGAAAUUGAGAAUCUUGAUGAUCCUAAAAGACUUGUGGUUCUGUAAUGCCAAAGAGAAUCAUGGCUCCAGGGAUCCAGAGUUGUCCAGCCCUGAAGCCUAGAAGUUCUGAUCACCUCCGGAUGGACUGCUCGGCAAUUCUAGGACGGGGACAUAAGACUUGAUGUGUAGCGUUUCUGGGCUGACCUAGCAAAUGUGGUCUCGGGUGAGACCUUGUAGGUCACAGAGCUUAUUAAUGUGCAAGGGAAGGAGGAGGCCCAAAGCUCCUGUGAGUCUAGAAUGUUCUGGAAUACUACACCUAGUGACGUGUGUCUGUUUCAUAAAAAUAUUAUACAUAUGUGUAUCAUAUAUAUAUAAUAUAUAUACAGUUAUCUA